AUCUCAGCCGCGCGGCAGCUCUGGUUGGUGAGCGGGCGGACGCCGGGGGCGGGCCUGCGUUUUGGCCGGCCAUUGGUAGAGGUAGCUACCUCUGGCUGUCAAUCCUGUCGCCGUCCUUGGCCCCGCCCCGCCGAGGGAGCGUCGCGGGGCGCAGGGCCGCGGGGACUGCCGGGACGGGUCCAAGAUGGCCGGCCUCCUCGGCUCCCGUCGUGUCUGCGGCCCCGAUUCUCAUUCAUUGCCGCGCUGCUGAGCGGCGCCGCGAGCCUGCCCGAGGAGUCCGCCGGCUGUCUCCGUGGGGCGGGAGGCCGCCAUGGCGACCCUGGAUAAGCUGAUGAAGGCCUUCGAGUCCCUCAAGUCCUUCCAGCAGCAGCAGCCGCUGCCGCCUCAGCCGUCUCAGCCGCAGCCGCCUCAGUCGCCUCAGCCUCAGCCGCCGCCGCCUCCGCCGCCGCCCGGCCCCGCCGCCGCCGAGGAGCCGCUGCACCGACCAAAGAAAGAACUGUCAGCCACCAAAAAAGACCGCGUGAAUCAUUGUCUGACAAUAUGUGAAAACAUAGUGGCACAGUCUCUCAGAAAUUCUCCAGAAUUUCAGAAACUUCUGGGCAUUGCUAUGGAACUUUUUCUGUUGUGCAGUGAUGACUCAGAGUCAGAUGUCAGGAUGGUGGCUGAUGAAUGCCUCAACAAAGUUAUAAAGGCAUUGAUGGAUUCUAAUCUUCCGAGGUUGCAGUUAGAACUCUAUAAGGAAAUUAAGAAGAAUGGUACUCCUCGGAGCCUGCGCGCUGCCCUGUGGAGGUUUGCUGAGCUGGCUCAUCUGGUUCGGCCUCAGAAAUGCAGGCCUUACUUGGUGAACCUCCUGCCUUGCCUGACUCGGGUAAGCAAGAGACCUGAGGAAUCUGUUCAAGAGACCUUGGCUACAGCUAUACCCAAAAUUAUGGCUUCUUUUGGCAACUUUGCAAAUGACAAUGAAAUUAAGGUUCUCUUAAAGGCCUUCAUAGCGAAUCUGAAGUCAAGCUCCCCUACCAUCCGACGGACAGCAGCUGGCUCAGCAGUGAGCAUCUGCCAGCAUUCAAGAAGGACGCAGUAUUUUUAUAGCUGGCUGCUAAAUGUGCUCUUAGGUUUGUUGGCUCCUGCCGAGGAUGAGCACCCUGCCCUCCUGACCCUUGGAGUGCUGCUCACACUGAGAUACUUGGUGCCUUUGCUGCAGCAGCAGGCCAAGGACACGGGCCUGAAAGGCAGCUUUGGGGUGACGCGGAAAGAAACAGAGGUCUCUCCCUCGACAGAGCAGCUUGUUCAGGUUUACGAGCUGACCUUGCACUAUGCUCAACACCCAGACCACAAUGUUGUGACUGGAGCAUUAGAACUCUUGCAGCAGCUCUUCAGGACGCCUCCACCGGGGCUCCUGCAAGCCCUGACCACGGCGGGCGGUAUGGGGCAGCUUGCUGCGACCCAAGAUGAGCCCAGCUGCCGAGGGCGAAGCGGGAGUAUUGUGGAGCUCAUAGCUGGAGGGGGUUCUUCAUGCAGCCCUGUCCUUUCAAGAAAACAUAAAGGGAAGGUGCUCUUUGGAGAAGCAGCAGCCUUGGAGGAUGACUCUGAGUCAAGGUCGGAGGGCAGCAGCCCGGCGUUUGCAGCCUCAGUGAAGGGGGAGGUCAGCGGUGAGCUGGCGGCCUCUUCUGGGGUCUCCACUCCUGGCUCUGCCAGCUCAGCUACCGACUCUGUGGGUCAUGACAUCAUCACGGAGCAGCCACGGUCACAGCACACACUGCAGCCAGACUCGGUGGAUCUGACUGGCUGUGACUUGGCAAGCACUGCCACCGAGGGGGAUGAGGAGGACAUUUUGAGCCACACCUCCAGCCAAAUCAGUGCCGUCCCGUCCGACCCUGCCGUGGACCUGAAUGAUGGAACCCAGGCCUCCUCACCCAUCAGUGACAGCUCCCAGACGACCACUGAAGGGCCUGACUCAGCCGUGACCCCUUCAGACAGCUCUGAAAUUGUGUUGGACGGCACCGACAGCCAGUAUUCAGAGGUGCAGACUGGACAGCCACAGGAUGAGGAUGAGGAAGCACCUGAUGGAGCCUCAGAUGCUUUCAGGAACUCUUCAGUCGCCCUUCAACAAGCACACUUAUUGAACAGCAUGGGCCACAACAGGCAGCCCUCUGACAGCGUAGAUAGAUUUGUCUCAAGAGAUGAAGCUGCUGAACUAGGAGAUCCAGAAAACAAGCCUUGCCGGAUCAAAGGUGACAUAGGGCAGUCCACCGAUGAUGAUUCCGCUCCUCUUGUCCAUUGUGUCCGCCUUUUAUCUGCUUCAUUUUUGCUCACAGGGGAAAAAAAUGUGCUGGUUCCAGACAGGGAUGUGAGGGUCAGUGUGAAGGCUCUGGCGCUCAGCUGUGUUGGAGCCGCUGUGGCCUUACAUCCUGAAUCUUUCUUCAGCAAGCUUUAUAAAGUACCUCCUGACACCACAGAAUACCCUGAGGAGCAGUACGUCUCAGACAUCUUGAACUACAUUGAUCACGGAGACCCGCAGGUCCGAGGAGCCACAGCCAUCCUCUGUGGGACCCUCAUCUACUCCAUCCUCAGCAGGUCUCGCUUCCAAGUAGGAGACUGGAUGUGCACCAUGAGAGAUCUGACGGGAAACACAUUUUCUCUGGCAGACUGCAUUCCUUUGCUGCAGAAAACUUUGAAGGAUGAAUCUUCGGUUACUUGCAAGUUGGCUUGUACAGCUGUGAGGCACUGUGUCAUGAGUCUCUGCAGCAGUAGCUACAGUGAGCUGGGACUGCAGCUGAUCACCGAGGUGCUGCCCCUGAGGAGCAGUUCCUAUUGGCUGGUGAGGACAGAGCUCUUGGAAACCCUUGCAGAGAUUGACUUUAGGUUGGUGAGCUUCUUGGAGGCAAGAGGAGAGAACCUGCACAGAAGGACCCAUCACUAUACAGGGCUUUUAAACCUGCAAGAACGAGUGCUUAAUAAUGUGGUCAUCUCUUUGCUUGGGGACGAAGACCCCAGGGUACGACAUGUUGCUGCAGCUUCAUUAACGAGGCUUGUCCCAAAGCUGUUUUAUAAAUGUGACCAAGGACAAGCGGAUCCAGUAGUGGCCAUGGCAAGAGAUCAAAGCAGCGUUUACCUGAAACUCCUCAUGCACGAGACGCAGCCUCCAUCUCACUUUUCUGUUAGCACGAUAACCAGAAUAUAUAGGGGCUAUAACUUACUACCAAGCAUAACAGAUGUCACCAUGGAAAAUAACCUUUCGAGAGUUAUUGCCGCAGUUUCUCAUGCGCUAAUCACGUCAACCACGCGAGCACUUACGUUCGGGUGCUGUGAAGCUUUGUGUCUUCUUUCAACCACCUUCCCAGUGUGCAUAUGGAGUUUAGGCUGGCAUUGUGGAGUGCCCCCACUGAGUGCCGCAGACGAGUCCAGGAAGAGCUGCACUGUGGGGAUGGCCGCGAUGGUCCUCACCCUGCUCUCGUCAGCUUGGUUCCCCCUGGACCUCUCGGCCCAUCAGGAUGCUUUGAUUUUAGCUGGAAACUUGCUUGCAGCCAGUGCCCCCAAGUCUCUGAGAAGUUCAUGGACCUCUGAAGAAGAGGCCAACCCUGCUGCCACCAAACAGGAAGAGGCCUGGCCAGCCCUGGGUGACCGGACCCUUGUGCCCAUGGUGGAGCAGCUCUUCUCCCACCUGCUGAAGGUGAUCAAUAUCUGUGCUCACGUCUUAGAUGACGUGGCUCCUGGACCAGCAAUGAAGGCGGCCCUGCCGUCUCUGACAAACCCCCCUUCUCUAAGUCCAAUCCGACGAAAGGGGAAGGAAAAAGACCCGGGAGAGCAGGUGUCCGUACCGCCGAGUCCCAAGAGAGGCAGCGAAGCCAGUCCAGCCUCUCGACAAUCUGAAACCUCAGGGCCUGUUACAGCAAAUAAAUCCUCAUCGCUGGGGAGUUUCUAUCAUCUUCCUUCAUACCUCAAAUUGCACGAUGUCCUGAAAGCUACUCAUGCCAACUACAAGGUCACCUUGGAUCUUCAGAACAGCACUGAAAAGUUUGGGGGGUUUCUGCGCUCCGCCCUGGACGUUCUCUCCCAGAUUCUAGAGUUGGCAGCGCUGCAGGACAUCAGCAAGUGUGUGGAAGAGAUCCUCGGGUACCUGAAGGCCUGUUUCAGUAGAGAACCCACGAUGGCCACUGUGUGUGUUCAGCAGUUGUUGAAGACGCUCUUUGGGACAAAUUUGGCCUCCCAGUUCGACGGCUUAUCUUCUAACCCUGGCAAGUCUCAAGGCCGAGCACAGCGCCUCGGCUCGUCCAGCGUGAGGCCAGGCUUGUACCACUACUGCUUCAUGGCUCCGUACACCCACUUCACACAGGCCCUAGCCGAUGCCAGCCUGAGGAACAUGGUGCAGGCGGAGCAGGACCACGACACCUCAGGGUGGUUCGAUGUACUCCAGAAGGUGUCCACGCAGCUGAAGACAAACCUCACGAGCGUCACUAAGAACCGUGCAGAUAAAAAUGCUAUUCACAACCACAUCCGUUUAUUUGAGCCCCUCGUUAUAAAAGCUUUAAAGCAGUACACGACAACCACCUCCGUGCAGCUGCAGAAACAGGUGUUAGAUUUGCUGGCACAGCUGGUCCAGUUACGGGUUAAUUACUGUCUCCUGGAUUCAGACCAGGUGUUUAUUGGAUUUGUGCUGAAGCAGUUUGAAUACAUUGAAGUAGGCCAAUUCAGGGAAUCAGAGGCAAUUAUACCAAACAUCUUUUUCUUCCUGGUAUUGCUGUCGUACGAACGCUAUCAUUCAAAACAGAUCAUCGGGAUUCCUAAAAUCAUUCAGCUCUGUGACGGCAUCAUGGCCAGUGGGAGGAAGGCUGUGACACAUGCCAUACCAGCUCUGCAGCCCAUUGUCCACGACCUCUUUGUCUUAAGAGGAGCCAACAAAGCUGAUGCGGGAAAAGAGCUUGAAACCCAGAAAGAGGUGGUAGUGUCCAUGUUGCUGAGACUCAUCCAGUACCAUCAGGUGCUGGAGAUGUUCAUCCUGGUGCUGCAGCAGUGCCACAGGGAGAAUGAGGACAAGUGGAAACGGCUGUCUCGGCAGGUAGCCGACAUCAUCCUCCCAAUGUUAGCCAAACAGCAGAUGCAUAUUGAUUCUCAUGAAGCUCUUGGAGUGUUAAAUACUUUAUUUGAGAUUUUGGCCCCUUCCUCCCUCCGUCCUGUGGACAUGCUUUUACGGAGUAUGUUCAUCACUCCAGAUACAAUGGCCUCUGUGAGCACUGUUCAACUGUGGGUAUCAGGCAUCCUGGCCAUUUUGAGGGUUCUCAUUUCUCAGUCAACGGAAGAUAUUGUUCUUUCUCGUAUUCAGGAGCUCUCCUUUUCUCCAUAUUUAAUCUCCUGUCCGAUAAUUAAUAGGCUAAGAGAGGGGGACAGUAAUCCAACACUGGAGGAGCAGAGUGAAACGAGACAAAUGAAGAAUUUGCCGGAAGAAACAUUUUCAAGGUUUCUACUGCAACUGGUUGGCAUUCUUUUAGAGGACAUUGUUACAAAACAGCUGAAAGUGGAAAUGAGUGAACAGCAACAUACGUUUUAUUGCCAGGAACUGGGCACACUGCUGAUGUGUCUGAUCCACAUCUUCAAGUCUGGAAUGUUCCGGAGAAUCACAGCUGCUGCCUCCAGACUCUUCACUGCUGACGGCAACAAUGGCAGUUUCUAUGGCCUGGAGAGCUUGAAUGCGCGCGUGCGCUCCAUGAUCCCCACGCACCCAGCCCUCGUGCUGCUCUGGUGCCAGAUCCUGCUGCUUGUCAGCCACACCGACUACCACUGGUGGGCGGAGGUGCAGCAGACCCCCAGAAGACGCAGUCUGUCCAGCACGAAGUCACUCAGUCCCCAGAUGUCUGGAGAGGAGGAGGACUCCGAUCUGGCACCCAAACUUGGGAUGUGCACUCGAGAGAUAGUGCGAAGAGGCGCCCUCAUUCUCUUCUGUGAUUAUGUCUGUCAGAACCUGCACGACUCAGAGCACUUAACAUGGCUCAUUGUGAACCACAUUCAAGAUCUCAUCAGUCUGUCCCAUGAGCCUCCCGUGCAGGAUUUUAUUAGUGCCGUUCAUCGGAAUUCUGCUGCCAGUGGCCUUUUCAUCCAGGCAAUUCAGUCCCGUUGUGAAAAUCUUUCAGCUCCCACCACUCUGAAGAAAACUCUUCAGUGCUUGGAAGGGAUCCAUCUCAGCCAGUCGGGCGCUGUGUUAACGCUGUAUGUGGACAAGCUCUUGUGUACUCCACUCCGUGUGCUGGCUCGCAUGGUUGACACCCUUGCUUGUCGCCGAGUAGAAAUGCUUUUGGCUGCAAAUUUACAGAGCAGCACGGCCCAGCUGCCGGUUGAGGAAGUGCACAGAAUCCAGGAGUACCUGCAGAGCAGCGGGUUAGCUCAGAGGCACCAGAGGCUCUACUCCCUGCUGGACAGGCUUCGUCUCACCACUGCACCAGGGUCACGUGGCCCCUCUCCUCCGGUCACGUCCCACCCACUGGAUGGGGAUGGGCCCUUGGCACUAGAGACAGUGAGUCCAGACAAAGACUGGUACAUAUGUCUAGUCAAAUCCCAGUGCUGGACUAGGUCGGAUUCUGCGCUCCUGGAAGGAGCAGAGCUGGUGAAUCGGAUCCCGCCUGGUGACAUGAGUGCAUUCAUGAUGAACGUGAACUUCAACUUAAGCCUGUUAGCCCCGUGCUUGGGCCUGGGCAUGCGUGACAUCUCUGGAGGCCAGAAGAGUCCUCUUUUUGAAGCUGCUCGUGUGGCAACUCUGGACCGUGUGACCAGCAUGGUUCAGCAGCUCCCUGCCACCCACCAUGUUUUCCAGCCAUUCCUGCCUGCAGAGCCCACUGCCUAUUGGAGCAAGUUGAACGAACUGUUUGGAGAUGCUGUGUGGUAUCGUUCCCUGACCACUCUGGCCCGGGCCCUGGCCCAGUACCUGCUGGUGGUCUCCAAACUCCCUGGCCACUUGCACCUUCCUCCUGAGAAGGAGAGGGACUCGGUGAAAUUUGUGGUCAUGACCCUUGAGGCCUUGUCCUGGCAUUUGGCCCACGAGCAGACCCCACUGAGUCUGGAUCUGCAGGCCGGCCUGGACUGCUGCUGCCUGGCUCUGCAGCUGCCCUGCCUCCGGAGCGUGCUCUCCUCCCCGGAGAUGAUGACCCGCGCCUGCUCCCUCAUUCACUGCAUCCGGUUCAUCCUAGAAGCCAUUGUGGUACAGCCUGGGGACCAGCUUCUUGGCCCAGGAAGAAAGAUGGACACCCCAAAGGCUGCCGGAGGGGAAGAAGUGGAUUCAGACACACAAAACCCUCAGUACGUUGCUGCAGCCUGCGGGAUGGUGGCAGAGAUGGUGGAGUCCCUGCCAUCUGCGCUGGCCUUGGGCCACAGAAGGAACAGCAGCACGCCAGCCUUCCUGACGCCUGUGCUCAGGAACAUUGUCAUCAGCCUGGCCCGCCUGCCCCUCGCCAACAGCUAUACCCGGGUCCCCCCGCUGGUAUGGAGACUUGGGUGGUCACCCAGACCAGGAGGGGAUUUUGGCACAGUUUUUCCAGAGAUCCCUGUGGAGUUCCUCCAGGAAAAGGAAGUCUUCAAAGAGUUCAUCUACCGCAUCAACACGCUAGGGUGGACCAGCCGUACCCAGUUUGAGGAAACGUGGGCCACCCUCCUCGGUGUCCUGGUGACUCAGCCCCUCGUGAUGGAGCAGGAGGAGAGCCCACCGGAAGAAGACACGGAGAGGACCCAGAUCAAUGUCCUGGCUGUGCAGGCCAUCACCUCCUUGGUGCUGAGUGCGAUGACCGUGCCCGUGGCUGGCAACCCAGCCAUGAGCUGCCUGGAGCAGCAGCCCCGGAACAAGCCCCUGAAAGCUCUGGACACCAGGUUUGGGAGGAAGUUGAGCAUUAUCAGAGGAAUUGUAGAACAGGAAAUUCAAGCAAUGGUUUCAAAGAGAGAGAAUAUCGCCACCCAUCAUUUAUACCAAGAGUGGGACCCCGUCCCUUCUCUUUCUCCAGCUACUACAGGCACCCUCAUCAGCCACGACAAGCUUCUGCUGCAGAUCAACCCUGAGCGGGAGCUGGGCAACAUGAGCUACAAGCUCGGCCAGGUGUCCAUUCACUCUGUGUGGCUGGGGAACAGUAUCACCCCCCUGAGAGAGGAGGAGUGGGACGAGGAGGAGGAGGAGGAGACUGAUGUCCCUGCACCUUCAUCACCACCCAUAUCUCCUGUCAACUCCAGGAAACACCGGGCUGGAGUUGAUAUCCACUCCUGUUCGCAGUUUUUGCUUGAAUUGUACAGUCGCUGGGUCCUGCCGUCCAGUUCUGCCCGACGGACCCCCGUCAUCCUGAUCAGUGAGGUGGUUCGAUCACUUCUCGUGGUCUCAGACUUGUUCACUGAGCGCAGCCAGUUUGAGAUGAUGUACCUGACGCUCACCGAGCUGCGGAGGGUGCACCCUGCAGAAGAUGAGAUCCUCGCUCAGUACCUGGUGCCGGCCACCUGCAAGGCGGCUGCUGUCCUUGGAAUGGACAAGGUGGUAGCGGAACCGGUCAGCCGGCUGCUGGAGAGCUCCCUGAGGAGCAGCCACCUGCCCAGCAGGGUCGGGGCUCUGCACGGCAUUCUGUAUGUGCUGGAGUGCGACCUCUUGGAGGACACGGCAAAGCAGCUGAUCCCAGUCGUCAGCGACUAUCUCCUCUCCAACCUCAAAGGGAUGGCCCACUGCGUGAAUGUUCACAGCCAGCAGCAUGUCCUGGUGAUGUGUGCCACCGCCUUCUACCUGAUCGAGAACUACCCUCUGGAUGUAGGGACAGAAUUCUCGGCAUCAAUAGUGCAAAUGUGUGGGGUGAUGCUGUCUGGCAGUGAGGAGUCCACACCGUCCAUCAUUUACCACUGUGUCCUGAGAGGCCUGGAGCGCCUCCUGCUCUCCGAGCAGCUCUCCCGGCUGGACGCAGAGUCUCUGGUCAAGCUGAGCGUGGACAGAGUGAACGUGCACAGCCCACAUCGGUCCAUGGCGGCCCUGGGCCUGAUGCUCACCUGCAUGUACACAGGAAAGGAGAAAGUCAGUCCGGGCAGGACCUCGGACCCCAGCCCUGCCACCCCCGACAGCGAGUCAGUGAUCGUGGCUAUGGAGCGCGUGUCUGUUCUUUUUGACAGGGUCAGGAAGGGGUUUCCCUGUGAAGCCAGAGUGGUGGCACGGAUCCUCCCUCAGUUUUUAGACGACUUCUUCCCACCCCAGGACGUCAUGAACAAAGUCAUUGGAGAGUUUCUGUCCAACCAGCAGCCAUACCCACAGUUCAUGGCCACCGUAGUUUACAAGGUGUUCCAGACUUUGCACAGCACUGGGCAGUCAUCCAUGGUCCGGGACUGGGUCAUGCUGUCCCUCUCCAACUUCACGCAGAGGACUCCUGUUGCCAUGGCCACAUGGAGUCUUUCCUGUUUCUUCGUCAGCGCUUCCACCAGCCCAUGGGUUUCAGCGACCCUUCCCCACGUCAUCAGCAGGAUGGGCAAACUGGAGCAAGUGGACUCUAACCUCUUCUGCCUGGUGGCCACGGACUUUUACAGACACCAGAUAGAGGAGGAGCUCGAUCGCCGGGCCUUCCAGUCUGUGUUCGAGGUGGUUGCAGUGCCGGGAAACCCCUAUCACCGACUGCUGGCUUGUUUGCAGAACGUCCACAAGGUUGCCACGUGCUGAGCGCCCACCCUGGGUUCCAGCACCGGUGCCUGGGGUCCCUGUCUGUGCCAGGUGGCUCCGGCAGUGUGGCCGAGGGAGCAGUGUCAUCUCUGCCACGUGGCUGUGCAGGAAUGUGUGCGGCGACACGGGAGGUAGAGCCCGGGUCCGCCAAGAGCAGAGCAGCUGUGCCGCUUACCCUUUAUGCUAGAGCUAGUAUUAAAUGCCAGUUAAGCAGGCAUUCACCCUCCUCCUGGUCAGCCUGCUCAUCGCCACCAGGGUAUGGCUGCUCCGGCUCCUGGGAUGGCAGUCCUUGCACUUACAGGUUGGCCAUCAGCCCCCUCUCCUGUCCUGGUGGCAUAAGGUGGCAGCAUUAGGCUUUUGAGAACACUUUCCCAGGUCUCCCUGGUGAGGUGUGGGGGGGUCGUGAUCCCACUCCUCGCAGGGGGUGCUUGGUGUGUGCCGGCAGGGUCCGUGCCCAGCGGGUGGUGUGAGCACGACACCAGCGCCAUACUUGUCUUUCUGUUUUCUUCUCAGGAUUUAAAUUUUAAUUGUAUCAGUAAAGAGAUUAAUUUUGCGGUAA